UCUCAUUGUGUGUGUGAAAGAAAUAGAUAUGGAAGGUGAUAAACAACUUUGUUAUAAGGUGAUCAUUGUCGGAGGCGGGCCUUCGGGGCUGGCAAUGGCGGCGUGUUUGAACACUCUUUCGAUUCCAAACGUUAUAUUGGAGAGGGAAGAUUGUUUUGCUUCCUUAUGGCAGAAGAAAACAUACGAUCGCCUCAAACUUCAUCUCGCGAAACCAUUUUGCGAACUUCCUCACAUGCCUUUUCCAAAGUCUUACCCUACUUAUGUUUCUAAGAAAGAAUUCGUUCAAUACUUGGAUGACUACGUUAAUCAUUUCAACAUUACUCCAAGGUAUAAUAGAUUUGUGGAGUCAGCUGACUAUGUUGAAUUAGAGAGUACUAAGAAAUGGAACAUCAAGGCGAGAAACAUCAACUCGGAAGAGUUGGAAGAAUAUAGUUGCGAUUUUCUUGUUGUGGCAUCGGGAGAGACAAGCGACACGUUCAUUCCAAAAGUGGAGGGACUAGAGACAUUCGUUGGAGAAGUAAUUCACACCACUCAAUACAAAUCCGGCGAGAGAUACGUUGGAAAGAAUGUUUUGGUGGUGGGAUCUGGAAAUUCCGGCAUGGAAAUUGCUCUCGAUCUUGCUAAUCACGGUGCCAAGACUUCCAUUGUCAUUAGAAGCGAUAUACAUAUAUUAUCAAGGAAAGCUACAAAUAUGGGACUAUAUCUAUUGAAAUACAUCUCUUUGUAUUGGGUGGACACUCUUUUAGUUAUAUUGAGCAAACUUAAAUAUGGAAGAGAUUUAACCAAAUAUGGUAUCAAAAGGCCACAAGAAGGACCUUUUUUCUUGAAAGGCAAGUAUGGAAAAUAUCCGAUCAUUGAUCUCGGUACAUUCGACAAGAUCAAGUCCGGCCAAAUCCAGGUUUUACCGGGAAUAAUAAAUAUUAGGGGAAGUGAAGUGUCAUUUAAUAAUGGGAAAUCAUAUUCAUUUGAUGUAAUCAUUUUUGCUACUGGCUUCAAGAGGUCAACUAACAAAUGGCUAAAGGGAGAUGAUUACCUUUUGAACGAAGAUGGGCUUCCAAAACCGAGUUUCCCAAAUCAUUGGAAGGGUCAAAAUGGGCUUUACUGUGUUGGGCUUUCUAGAAGAGGUCUUUAUGGAACUUCAUUGGAUGCAAAAAAUGUAGCUAAUGAUAUCAAGGCUAUUCUUUCGGCCCAAAUUUAAAACACCUAAUCAUA